AUGCAGCUGCAACCGCCUCUGCACCGGCUGCGCUCGCGCACCUGGAUUCUCGUUAUCGCGCCAAUUCUCAGCCUGGGACUGCUCUGGUCAUGGCUGCGCAGGCCAGAUUCUCUCUUGCUCCAGCAAUUCCUCGUUGCGGACUCAAAUAACCUGCCACUAGCUGCUGCCAGUGACGACGGCCAUGCUGCUUCGUCUGGUUCCGCUGCCGGCGACGGCGGCGGCAGCAGCAUGAUGAACAAUCACAAUGCCAACCUCCCCGGCAUGGAUGACAUUCUGGUUAUUCUCAAGACCGGCGUGACAGAAGCACUAGGCAAGGUGCCUGUCCAUCUCGAAACAACAUUUUCCUCCGUCCCCAACUUCGCCAUCUUCUCCGACUAUAAAGAAACGAUUGCAGGCGUUGAGACGCACGAUGUCCUGAGUCGAAUCAAUGAACAUGUAAAACGCAACAUUCCAGAAUUCGAACUGUACAAUCGCAUACAUGCGCAGGGCCGCGAGGCUCUGACCCCGGCAGACUAUGGCGAUGACUCCAACGGACCAUUCGGAAGACAGAACAAUCCUGGUUGGAAACUGGAUAAAUGGAAAUUCCUGCCUAUGAUCCCCGCCGCGCUGGAACUGAAACCAGAUGCGAAGUGGUUUGUCUUCAUGGAGGCCGACUCGUAUUUCUUAUGGCCUAACCUUGUCGCCUGGUUGUCGCAGCUGGACCCCCAGCGAGACUGGUAUUUGGGGUUCCCCAUGCAAAUUGGAGAUAUUAUAUUUGCCUAUGGUGGCGCUGGGUUUGUGAUUUCGAAUCCCGUCAUGCAGAAAGUAUCGGAGUAUCUGGCUACCAAUGCAGCGGAGCUUGAUGAGUUCACUGCUUCGCAAUGGGCGGGUGAUUGUGUGUUGGGUAAAGUUUUUGCUGAUGCUGGCGUUGGGCUUAAUUGGUCCUGGCCGACAUUGCAGAAUGAUAAGCCCUGGGAGUUAGACCACUUUGCGAGUAUCUAUGAUAAACGAGCCUGGUGCUAUCCUCUGGUGUCCUAUCAUCACAUGCAGCCGGACGACAUUCGCGAGAUGUGGGAGUUUGAUAGAGAUUGGUUCAAGCUGGACGACCCCACAACAAAGUUACUACUAUAUAGCGACGCAUUCCGUCGUAUGAUUCUUCCCGAUAUCCUAUCCCUUCGCAUUGGAUGGGACAAUGGCGCCAAAGACGAGGUCGCCAACGAGGAAAGAUCACCAAAACUCGGAUUGACACUGGAAGGCUGUGGUCAGCGUUGUGCUGAUGACGAGAACUGUCUUCAAUACCGCUACCACGAAGACGAUGGGAGUUGCUUCACCUCAUCAGCCGCUAUGAGAGGCAUAGCAGCUCCCAGGACUGUGAAAUCGAACUGGAUGAUUGAUCGGAUUUUCGAUAAAAUGAAGACAUAUGGACAGAGGUGUACGAAAGCAGAGUUUGUGUUGUGA